AUGGAGUCACGUCGGAGAGGAGAAUUGGAUGAUGAAGCCAUCGGCAAUUUAUUAGAAGAUUCCGAUAUUGGGGACUUCGUGCCUUCCGAUGAUGAUUUCGACGAUCCGGAAUUCGUACGACCAGAAAGCAGUAUGAGUUCUACGGAGGAAGAAAGUGAUGGACCUGAUAUAAGUACAUCAUUUAUACAAGCUCGCGGAAAGACUAGGCGAGGCACGCGGGGAGUUCCUCGUGGACGGUCAAGAGGAAGGUCGCGUGGGCGUACACGUAACAGCACUGGCAGCAGAAGGGACAAUAUACAGUAA